UUAUGAAUGACGUCAUUCGUGUCAGGGGUCAGUGGCAGUGUUUCCGCUACUCCUCACGUAACAUUUGCUCUAGAUUUUCGACAAAAUAAUCAUCAUAUGGAACUAAUAAACUUUUAAAAACAUUAAAUAUACAACUAUAAACCUUCAAAGAACACAAACAUGACAGAAGAAGGACGGAUUGUACGCGUUGGAUCAAGAAAAAGUCAGCUUGCACUUAUACAGACACAUGGAGUGGUGGCCAAGCUAAAGACUUUUUUCCCAAAUAUCACAUUCCAAAUCAUUUCCAUGUCCACAACUGGAGAUAAGGUUCUAGAUAAAGCAUUGUCCAAGAUUGGAGAAAAAAGUCUGUUUACAAAGGAACUGGAAUAUGCCUUAGAAGACAAACGUGUUGACUUUGUGGUACACUCAUUGAAGGACCUUCCAACAACUCUACCUCCCGGCAUGGUCAUAGGUGCUGUUUGCAAGAGAGAUAAUCCGCAUGAUGCUAUCAUGCUACACCCAAAACAUAAGGGCAAGACACUGGCUGAUCUACCCAAAGACAGCGUCAUUGGAACCAGUUCACUACGCAGGGCAUCACAGCUACGAAGGAAAUACCCACAUCUCAAAUAUUCAGAUAUUCGUGGGAACCUAAACACGAGGAAGAAAAAGUUAGAUGAAGCAGACAACUAUGAUGCUAUUGUGUUAGCAGUUGCAGGAUUGGAGCGUAUGGGGUGGAGUGAUAGAAUAGAUCAGAUCCUCUUACCAGAUGAGUGUAUGUACUCAGUGAGUCAAGGUGCUGUUGCAGUAGAAUGCAGAGAUGGGGAUCUAGAAACCAUUCGCCUUCUAUCUAAACUUCACCAUUUUGAGACAGUCAUCAGGGUAGUUGCAGAGAGAGCAUUCCUCAGAACUUUGGAAGGAGGGUGCAGUGUGCCAGUUGCUAUACACACAGAGAUCAUUGAUGACAAUCUUUUCAUGAAGGGCGGUGUAUUCAGUAUAGAUGGCACUGAGAGUGUCAUAAUGAAACAAGACACAAGCAUCGCAUCUAAUGAUGAACCACCCACCAAGAAGCUUUCACCCACAUCACCCAAGCAAUAUUCCAGCAUAGUUGCAGAGGGGGAAGACCAAGAUGUCCUGAAUGCAUGUGAGAAACUAGGAAUGGAACUUGCUCAAAAAGUAGGAAAAGCUGGUGGACGCGAUAUAUUAGCUGCUGCAAGAAAAGAGACUGAUGCUGCUAUUCUAGCGCAACAACAAGCACCAUUUUUAAAACAAGACACGCCCAAAGUUGUUUCAUAGUUUUUUUUCUAAGUCAUUUACCAAUAUUAUUUAAUGCUUGACUAAAAUGGAGAAUUUGAUAUAGAGAAACUGAAAUGUCAUGAUUAUUUUUAUUAUUGUGAUAAAACAGAUGCGAUGCAAUAAUAUAAAUGAUGUAAUAGAUGUACUUAAUGUAUCGUUAGUUAGAGGCAAGUGCAACUAAUCGAUGCGAGCCAGAAAAUAAUAGUCAUGUUUGGGGUGGGGGAUGUUUGAGCUCAUAUUGUAUUUUGUUAGCAUGCAUCAUUUUCGAAGCAAGUUUUGAUUUGAAAAGAAUAUGUAUUUGAAAAGGGGUCAGCCUGAAAUGCAAUUGAUAAUCUAAUAAAUCGGGGGGGGGGGCAACAUUGAUUUAUUGAGGUUUCCCUCAGUUCAUAGAAAAUAUCUCAAAUUGAUUAGCCUUUAAUAAAUAUUCUACCAUUGAUAGCAGAAGCAUGCUAGCCUUAAAAACCAAUGCUUUCAUUACUACACAAACAUGACAUGAAAUGCAGUAUUUAGCCCCUGCUAGUUCAAACCACCUUUUGAUAUGGGGGUAAUGUUAUUGGGAUUAGAUGCUCUAAAUAAUGCUAUUGGAGAACUUGCAGCACAAGGGUUAAUAUAUGUAAAUGCAUGUAACUAUGUUUUAAUUGAACCAAAAAGUGUUGACUUAUUGUUUAGCUUUCAUUCAUUUGUUAAUGAAAAUGAAUUUCAGCAUCUGUAACAAUCGUUACACUUUUGUAACCAUUUGCUAUGACUUAACCAAGAGGUUAUAUUUUACAUGUAAAUGAACUAUUUAAAUGUAGAUAUAGUCAAGAAAGUAUACAAGAUAUCUCGGGAGGAUUAACUGGCCACUCGCAAACUUAGGAAUAAUAUUGUGUAUAAUGUUAAUACAAUCUACAACAGUACUGUACAUGAAAACAAGUGUAUGCUAAAGUACGUAAUCUCGGCUAUUUCAUUUGAAAGCAUUUUGUUCUGAGGUUCAGAUUAUGUGUGAGUCAAGUGAUGUCUAAGUCUGGAUAAAGGGUUAUCCUUUGAGUUUUUCUUCAAGUUUUACUUACAUAUACUUUACAUAAAAAGCAAUGUUGUGAUUCUUUAACAUAUGUACAAUGUACAACAAAGUUGUAAAUGACAAAUGUUUUACAUUUAUUUUCUAAUACCAUGGUUUAAGGUUGUACAAAAAUGUUAUAUUAUGUGUUUGUUGUUGCUAUGCUGCAUUGCUAUUUUGUUGCUAUGUUGAUUUGUUAUGUUGUUGCUUUGCUCCAUUGCAAUAUUGUUACUAUUCUGUAUUGCUUUAUUGUGGCUAAAUGGAGAAUAAAAACACUAACGUAUUAAGUCCUUGAUCAGAUUUUAAUGGUUUACACAAGGCUUGUGUGGAAGGGAGAAUAACAUAAAAUAAAUAUAGUGAUAAUUUCUUGAAAAUUCAUAACUGCCAGAUAUUCAGACUAUUUAUUGUUUUACAGUUAAUUGAUUGGAGGAGAUAAUAAGAAUACCUUUAAAUGUGCAUUCACCUUUAAUACAUACAUCUUAUGUAUAUUUACCUUUUAUAUGUACAUCUUAUGUGUACAUAUUUACCUUUAGUAUGUUCAUCUUAUGGGUAUUUCAUUGUAAAAAAGUUCUUGAAAAUGUUAUUCCAAAACGUAAGCAGUGUCCUAAAAUGUUAAAUGAAUCACUCCAUGUGUUUUGAGUUGGGAAAUUUUUAUGUGAGUGGUCCAGAUGAUUUUUAGAGUUUCCAGUAGGGGAAGAUACUGGAGCUAAAUGAAAUCCAAUGAGAUAUUUUAGAAAAAAAUGUUCCUCAAUAUCUUUAUGAAUGAAAGUGCUUGUCAGAGUUGAAAUGUCAUCUGACAAUGUAUAUAGGAUUAUAUACAAUAAGUAAAAACUGAGCCAAUAUAUUAAAUGUAUAUGAAGAAAUAAAAAUGUUAUAUUUUGAGUUGUCAUUAAGGAAAUGAGGCCUUGCUCAAACAGCAUAUACCAACACCAUGUCAUAAGUAGUACAGUAUAUUGAACAUUUGAACAUACAAGCCUUUAUUUGAAUUAAAAGCAUUUUCCCUUGUUUUAUCCAAUGAUCUUAAACAAUGAAACUUUAUAUGGGUUAUUGUUAUGUAUAUAGUUUAAGGUAUCUUGCUUUAACUUAAAUGAAGCUGCAAUAUACAAAUGGCAUAGAGUGAUGUAAAUUGUUGAUUUAUUUUUGGUUGAAUAAUUUUUUAACUGUAUGGACCUAGUGCCUAUAUUGUUGGAAUGAUAACAGAUGCAUAAUGGAUGGACCUCCAUUGUGCAUUGCCUGUCAUGGGUGUAGCCAGGGGGGGGGUGGUGUGAUGGGUGCGAUCGUAACCAUAACCAAUAAAGAUAAAACCAUGAGAAAUAAGAAAAUAGCUUUAAAUGCU